UACAGCGACGGGCGCCCCCUAUCUGCAACAGCCCGACACUCCCCAUGGAAGAGAGGAGGAGGAGAAUGGCUAGGAAGAUGCUGUCAUCCGCCGUCCGGACCUCACAGAAUGAUAGUGACACGAAUAUGGAGUCAUUUUGAAACGUAACUAUUUAUCCAUCUUUGCCUGCUCAGUUCGGGCCGUGUGGGAUGAUGAUGGCGUCCCAGUGCACGGAGCAGGCCGUGCAGGAGUUCCUGAUGGAGCGAGGAGGGAGGGUCCAACAGAUGGAGCUGAUCGAACAUUUCCAAUCAGUGUGGGGGGAGACUGACCCGUCGAAGGAAGGGGUGGAUCGUGAGGUGCUGCAACGCAUUGUGGAAAACGUGGGUUUCGUGCAGGUGGAAAACGGCGUGAAAUUUGUGUGUUUGAACACAGAAGGCAUCACGGAAUCGGUGAUGCGUGGGGACAUAGACGGCCACGAUCACGCGGAGUGCAAUGGGAAUAUCCAGGAGACACUGGACAACAACUAUGUCAACACCAACACUGACGAAGGCCAAACAGGAGCAUCUACCCCACUGGCUGCCAGCCUGGACAAUGAAAAGCAGUCUAAUGGCAAUCACCAACGUCCAGCCUCAUCCCACUAUAGUAGGAGCACCACAUCGACUCCUACCCCUGGUGCAGGAGUGGAGGUGAAGCUGAGAGAUAGAAGGAGGCGAGAGUCAGCCCCAGUGAUUGGGAUUUCAGAUCUGGACCAGGCACACCCUGCAGGUUCCCACAACCAGCAGACGAGGGGGUCACGCAGGGUGUCCAGGGGGUCCCAACGAGCCAUGCUGAUCAGUUGCCUUUCUGAGGACAGUCCCUUCGAUGGGCUGGACCAUAUUGGAGAUAUCAACACGCCCAAGGGGAGUCGCAGGAACUUCAUAGAGCUGAUGAUGAGCAGUUCUCCUCAGGUUCGGAGGUCUUUGAUCAACCGUGGCACACGUCUGCGUGACUCAGUAAAGAGUGAUGGAGAUUCAACAUCGAUCCUCUCCUCGAACACCGAUGAGGACUGUGCCUCAGUGACUCUGGACCCACUGGAACACGAGUGGAUGCUGUGUGCCUCAGACGGUCUGUGGGAGAGUCUGCAGCCACUGCUUGCCGUGGAGCCCAGCCUGGUGACCAAAAGAGACUUUGUGACAGGCUUCACCUGCCUCCACUGGGCGGCCAAACAAGGCAAAACUGAGCUGCUCUCCCAGCUGCUGGACUUUGCCAAGGAAAACUCUAUACCUGUGAAUGUGAAUGUGAGAUCAAGUGCUGGAUACACACCGCUACACCUGGCUGCUAUGCAUGGACACACACAGGUGGUUCGUGUGCUUUUGUCAGACUGGGAGGCCGACCCCGAGGCUCGAGACUACAGCGGUAGACGGGCCAUCCAGUACCUCUCCCCACCACUCGCAGCAAACCUGCAGGAGGAAGGAGUGGUUACCUCCCCCGGAGUCGAGUCAGACAACGAAAACACCAACAGUGGCGGCAUAAGCCGUGGCUGGCGGAGAGUCCUCCAAGGCAAUCUGAACCCCCUGCGGCUCCUGAACCCACCAGCUGAGUCAGCAGAGGACUCAGGUGCCACAGAGAAAAGCAAGGGUGGGAUGCAGAGGAAGUCGUCACUGGGUCGGCUGAAUGCCCGGCUGCAUCGCGGACGCCACCGAGCACAGAUCAUCCACAGCGCCUCCUUCAGAGACACGGGGGAGAUGGGAAGAGGAGAGGAUCUUCCAAGCAGCCCUCUCCGAACGCGACCGCUAUCCAACCUGUUUGGAUAAAGUCACCAAACUCAGAUCCUGAAAUAUAGUGACAUAAACCAGCAUUGAUUUACAGAGUACUGUUCACUAACAUUUAUAAACGAACAGGUCAGGCACUUUUUUUUACUCAUCCAUAGGUCCCAUCUUAAUAUAUAGUGUCACAGUAAUCUAAAAGUUAUAAUAAUAGACGAUUCAACCUGAAGUUAACCUCGAAUGUUAGUUGUUUAAAAUCUAACUUAUUUUUUGUUCCUCAUGCAGCGGUUAGGCUUAUGUUGAUUAUAUGUAGCAUUUGAUUUGCACAAUAAUUCCCUGAGUUAAAGGUGAACUACAGAUCUGUGAAUUCAGUGUUAUGUUUUUUUCCUUACAAUGAUUUAAACCAUGUUUAAAGCAGGUAGCAAACUUUCCUUAGAGCGUUUUGUUUUAUACCUUAUACUACAACAAUGAUCACAAACAUGUUUUCAGAGUAUAUUAAUUUAUUCCUAGAACUAAUUUUCUAUAUAUCGACCUCCUUUGAUUGAAUGGUGCUGAGGUUUGUAAGAUACAUCUGUAACAGGAUUUAAUAUUUUUAUUUCUAAGCAGCAGAAAUUCAAGCUGAUUUUUUUUUGAAGGUCCACCAUGUACAGCUGUCUCGUUGGCACUCGUCACUUUGAGGAUAGUUUGUGAUUGUGAGAGGAAACUGCUCCAACUAAAACCAUGUCUGCUGUUAACGAUCCCAUGAAAUAUGUAUUUGUUAAUAUCGUACACUUGGUAUGACAGAGAGAUCAAAAUGUGACACCUUUAGCUGUAUAAUGCACUGUAUAUAUUAAUGUCAGAAUACCACUAUGUGAGGUGUUUCUCUGUACCUUUUACAUCUGUUGAUCAACAGUUGACACUAAAAAAAAGGUAUAAAGUGUUGUUAAAAAUAAGACAUGCUGCCAGGGCUUCAGUCACAUACAAAUACCCUUAUCAAGGUGCUGACCAGUAACACAUCAGGACCAUUUUAUAAGCUAAAAGCACAAGGAGAACUAGUGUUCAUGUAGUUUUUCUACCAAUUAUAUUGGACCUUAAAUCCUCUGAUUUGCUGCUACAGGACGUUAAAAGUAGUCAGGGCCUCAAACAGUAAGGUUGCUGCAUUUUGUACAAAUCCUCACUUCUUAAAAUCUGUUUACAAUUUUCAACAAAAAGAAUAAAAUCAAGUAAUCACACAGAUUAACAGGGCCAUGUAGAGUUGCCCAAUGUUAAAAGCAAAUAGGUAUUUAGGUCAGUUUGAAAUUCUUCCACAGUAAAUAUGCAAUCAUCCUAAUCACCCUGGACCAAACUUUAUAUUUAAUGAGUCAUCUCGUAUUGUGAUCUAACCUUGCAUGUACUCAACCAUUAAUUCAUUAUUCGUGUCUGCAACAUCUGUGGAUCAUUAAAAGUCAAGAGGAGAAAAUGCUGUAUGUUUACCUGAUGGGCACAUUGACUUUUUGACUGUUCUCUCCAUCAUAUGAACCUAACUUAUAUGUGAUUAUUUGCUCAAUAAGGCAUUGUAUGUCUAAUGAAUGUUCCCUCAUUCUUUUGUAGUUCUCUUACUCAAAUCAUCGGGGCAUCAUGGGUUUGUAUUGUUGACUCUUUUGAUGUAUAAAUGUAUUGUACAAACUUCAAUGUCACUUUUUCAGAUGCAUGUAAAGGGGAUUUGGAAAUGCUGUGCACUGUUUUUUUUUAUGUCUUUGAGUCACUGUUUUUGUCUUCUAUGUGAAAUACUGUGAAGUUAUCAUGUGGUGUGAAUACACUGUCACUGAGCCACUCUCAUCUCCUUGUGCUUGUGUCAUCCUUGGAUACGAAAUAAAGCAAUAAUGAUUUGCA